AUGGAUAAAAUCGGUUUUAUCAAAAAAGAUAUCUACAAUCUUGAAUGUAGUGUGAAUGGGAAGCUGAGGAACCACGAUGUUGAACUAGUGACCGAGUAUUUUAUGGCUGAACAGAAAAAAAAUGAGGCUUUUUAUUUCAAGAUUGAGGGAGAUGGGCAUGACAGGUUUAGUCGAUGUUUUUGGGCAGAUGCAACUUCUAGACGGGCGUAUGGGUUUUAUGGAGAUGUUGUUGUAUUCGAUACCACAUUCAACACGAAUCGAUACGACUUGACAUUUGCACCAAUGUUGGGAGUUAAUAACCAUGGUCAGACAAUUGUCUUAGCAUGCGCAUUUUUGAGCAAGGAAACGACUGAGUCGUUUGUUUGGAUGUUUGAGGAGUUUAAGAAAGCCAUGCCAGGUGGGGAACCUAAAACGAUCAUUACAGAUCAAGAUGCGGCAAUGGCCAUAGCGAUUUCAAUAGCCUUCCCGAGUACAUUUCAUCGACUUUGCAUAUGGCACAUCACAUCAAAGUUCUCUGUUAAGUUACCACGUGACGCUUAUAAGGAGUAUUGGCCUGAAUUUCAGAAAGCCAUAUGGGAUACUGACAAUAAGGAUGAGUUUGAUGCAAAAUGGAAUAUUGUGGUUAUAAAGGCUGGUUUGACUGACCAUCCAUGGCUAAGUUCAAUGUUUGAUUUAAGGGAAUCUUGGGUUCCAGCCUACGCACGACAAUUUUUUACCGCUGGAAUGUCAAGCAGCCAAAGAGCGGAAGCAUGUUUCCUAGAGCUCAAAACAGAGGAUGCGUGUAAAGUUGUGUUCAACGUGAGCGAAAGGAAAAAUUGGGAAACAAGAGUGGCAGAAGUCGUAUAUGUCAAAGAUUCUGACCACGCAUCGUGUAGCUGCAAAAGAUUUGAAUUUGUUGGAAUUAUUUGCAAGCACAUCCUAGCAUUGUUCAGAAGGGACCAGAUUGAAUAUAUGCCCGAUAAAUAUAUUUUGAAGAGGUGGAAGAAAACUGCGAAAUGUGGAUUGGUGUCAGAUGCAAAUGGCAACGAAAUUAAAGACUGUGCAGAUCCUGGCCUUCUAAUAAAGCGGAGUACAAUGUCUCGACUUGCUUCAGAUGUGGUUGAGGAUGCAUUAAUGAGUGAAGAAGGAUAUGAGCUACUACAUGAUAAGGAGCAUUUACUGAUUCCCGGCUUUCUGUGA